CAGGUUCGGAACUCCGUGGGGGCGCCACAGCAAAGGCAAGCCACAGGUGGGCAAGGAUCGUGCAGAUGUGGGGACCUCCAAUUGCACCUCCACCUACGGAGCCGAGCGACUAUACUUAGAAACCACAAAGGGAACGCGUACUGAAGGGCUGCUUCGCCCAUCACAAUACUCCCCCCAAAGCUCAUGCUCUCGACAUAGAUUGCAGACACAAUGUCGCGUCCUGGAGGGGACACGGCGUCUAUACUCUCACACACAACCUCCCGCACGGGCAGGGCACCUGUGUUCACGCUCGAGACCUUUGACAGCAAGGACUUCAUUGUCAAGGACUUCAUAGAAACCCUCUCCGACACUGCCGUCCAUCCCUCCCGCAGAUCCGGUCCCUCCGGUCAGCAAGCCUUCGACCCCAAACCCCUGAUCCGUACGUUCGAACAUGCUGUAUCCCGAUUGAACACGCUAGCCGAGGAGCUCGAAGAGCGCGAGAAUGAGCUGGCGGGCGCUGUGCGCAAGGCUGAGGCACAGCAUAAUCAAAACGUAGUAACUCUCCGACAAAAGCUGGACAAUGCGAUUGACAGGUUCCAAACCCUGGACAACCGGUUGAACGGGAAUCCCAACGACGAUGGCUCUGAUGGGAGCGGGAAUGCAGCUGUGCGCAUCGGAGAGCGAUUGGAAGAGCUGGAUCGGCAGAUGCAGAGGGCGCAGGACGCUAUGUUUUUGAUCAAGUGCUGGCAGGAGGUUAGCGAGAAGGGUGAUCUGUCGUCUUUGGAGGAGAUUCGGGGCAAGCGCAACAUCGUCCGCUGCGCACACAUUGCCCGUCAGUUGCUGAAGCUCAGCACGCGUCUCGAUCCGGAUGGCACCUAUCACGUCAACGCCAAUGGACCCGCAUCGAAUGCCGCGAAGAGGAGGGGCGUAGGAAACGGCCAACAUCCCAAAUAUCCUGCAAGAGAGAUUAUAGAGAAGUUCCUGGAGAACCUGGAACAGGACUUGUUGAAGCAGUUUGACGAAUUCUACAGGAGGCCCAAUUUCGACGGCAUGCGCGAAUGUGCAAUCGCUCUGAGAGACUUCAAUGAUGGCGCCAGCGUCAUGGCAACAUAUGUGAACCAGCACUCUUUCUUCAUCGACCGCAAUCAACUCAUCACCGAGGAGAUUGCUGGAGAUGCAGAGACCUGGGAUCGCCUGCAGGACCCGGACUCCGAACCACCAGGCGUCGAGCCGACCCUUCAAUCGCUGGUAGACGAGGUGAAGAUAGUGAUUCAAGAAGAGUCCGCAGUCAUCAAGCGGGCAUUCCCCUACUAUGAUGAAGUUCUCACUCGCUUCAUCCAGCGAAUCUUCCAGCAGUCUAUACAGCAACGGCUGGAGAUGGUCCUGGGCAAAGCCAAUGAGCUCUCUUCGUUGGCCUUUCUGCGCUCAUUACAGGCCUCAAGAAGCUACAUCACAUCGCUCGUUGAAGAUCUGAAGUCUCAUGGUCUGACCGAGCACCCGGAGCCUGUAAGCUCGCAGAUCGCUGCAACUCUAGACCAGCAGCUGGAGGAUCUGUUCGUCCCGUACUUUGUCGGAUCUUCAUACAUUGAACGGGAAAAGAAGAAUCUGGAAGAGCUGUACUCCUCCCUGCUCCUCAAAUUCACCAUAUACCACGCCAGGCGCCGGAAAGUACCAACCACCUACUUCGCCUCUCUGGCGCAAAAGGGAAAGGAACUUGCAGCGUCCGCACGAGAUGCGUACAUGGAGCGCCUCGAUAGCACUGAUCUGCCUCCCUCCCAAAAAGCAAUGCUGUUCCGUAUCGCUGGCCUUAAGGAAGACCACAGUGAGAAGAAGGACAUCGAUGUGACCGAUGAGGACGGGAAACUCUCCCUUCCCAACGCAAAGCGAAUGCUCAAGUGGCUAGCGGAAGGCGUAGGCCGAGGUCUCGAACUCUCUCCUAGCAACGAAACCCCCAAAGAUGUUCAGAGCCUCCUCAACCUCCUCCUCACCCAUAUGGGUGAGAUAUACCUCGAAACCGCCUUGGACGCAGCCUCCGACCACGCCGCCUCCCAAGAGAACGUCAAAACGCCUCCUGACCUCUCCCACCUCCCCUCCCUCCACACCCUCACCACAAUCCUCCACCUCCUCCAACAAACAACCACAACCAUCCUGCUCCCCCUGUGCACGCCUAACCUCACCAUCCGCCGCGAAAUCGAAAAAUCGACUCAAUCCACUCUCUCCACUCUCGAAUCCAAACUGUCCAAUAUCCUAAACCUAAGCCUCACAGCGACGCUUAAUUGGGUCCAGAAAUUACUUACCAGCCAGCAGAAGAAGACGGACUUCAGACCAAAAGAUGACGAGGACGUGGCGUUUCUGAUCGCCACAGAGACACCCGCUUGCCAGGCAGUCGUGCAAUUCCUCAACCGCGUCGCAGCCCAGGCGUCCGCCGCGUUGAGUGGACGCAACUUGGCGCUCUUCCUGGCGGAAUUGGCCAGAGGCCUCAGGGCCCUGAUAUUGGCGCACCUGCUCAAGUUUACCAUUUCCCUGACUGGUGGCCUCGUGGUCACGAGGGAUAUGACCAAAUAUGCCGAGUUGGUGCGGUCGUGGCCGACUGGAGAGGAGUUGGAGUCUGAUGCGAUGAAUGUGUUGGUGGAUGUGGCGAAUCUGUUUGUAAUUGCGCCGGAGGCGUUGAGGGAAAGGUUGAGAGGCGCGGGGAGUGAGGUGCAAGAGUUUAAGGCGUUCAUCGCGAGGAGGGAGGAUGUCAACAGUGUUGCCGUGCAGACUGCGCUGAGUAGCAUAUGAGGCAAUAUACCUAAGUGACUUCACGGAAGCGCAACCCUUUUAUAUACGUUAAAGGACAAGCACAUCACGAGACAUGUACCCAGAAGGAUUGAAGCGGGAAAAUGUAGUUAGUAGAGGUCUACAUGCACUCUACAAUCCUGCCUAUUGGUAUAUGCGUUUCACAGUGCUUGAGCCGAAUCAAGUUGUGACAUGGUACGCAUGAUGAUGCACCUAACACCAGAUGUUCAUUGUAGGUCAUGAAGUACAUUUUCUUCCACCCGCCAAAGAACCCAUGUAACCGAGGAACCAGAGCAUUUAUUUGAGAGGGAUGAAACGAGAAGAGUGGGUGGCACCGAUACCCGGCCUUCCGUGCUUGACGGGCUUGCUAUAAGAUCGUUAGCCACUAAUGAUU